UAAGAUACAAGGAACAUGUUUGAUUAAAAGUAGAAUCGAAAUUGGAGAAAUCGUGACGUACGAAAUAAAAGAAAGGAAAAAGAUGUUUUUUUAAGGAGGAUGAAAUGAAAGCCUAAGCCGUGAUACGCCAUAAUAGAAGCUAUACAAUGACGUAGUGUUCUGUCAUCCGGCGUGCUACCUCUCCAACCGUUUCACCUCGCCGCCACUGGCCCAUUAUAGUGGGACAGAACUUCACCGAUUCACAACUAUACACAUAGUGGUGUACGCCUUUGAACAGUGAGCGCCGCGUUUUGUACCCGCUCUUCUUCUCUUCUCGCAAUUCUCAUACUUCAUCAUUUUGAUAAGAUAAACACAAGGAAUACUCUAUCAAGACGGAUUUUUAAUAAAAUGAUGAGCGCUGUUCACUUUUUUCCGAACUUAAAUACAUCACUCUCGUUAAUUAUAUCGAGAAAGAAACGAGAAAACGACGAUAUCGAUGUUUUAUUAACGAGGCACUCGAAGAAUCGAAAACGACAUUGUAAAAAUAAUUCUACGUGUUCUCAUAUCGGGACAUCGGAACAGAUAUUCCUUAAAACACAAGAGAAUAACGAUUACGAAACCGAGGAAUCACGUUUAAUGACAAAGAUCCGAGCGUCAAAUGAAAAAGAUGAAAAUAUUAGUACGCGAUCAGAAGAUAUCGAUACCAAUAACGAUAGAUCGUCGAUUAUCGAUGGAUACGUCGAGGAUAAGGAUAACGAUACAAUCGGCGAUUACGUCGACGGUAGAGAUUUCCCUUCUAUUUAUGAAACUUCGGAUGAUUUUUCUGGCAUGUUGACGAAUGUUUUUCAAACCUUGCUAAAUGCAUCGUUUGAGAACAAUCAAAAUAUCUUAAAGGGAUUGCAUUUUGUCAGAGAAAAAUUGGACACGGACCCAUGUCAAAGGUGGUUGAAUAAUCAAGACAAACUCGAAGCGGCAUUUUCGGGACACCUCGUUGUUCUUCCCGCCUGUCCGUGCAAGUAUCCGAACAGUAUCUUCUACGACAACAAUCUAUGGGACGAAAAACAAAAGAAGCAUUUUCGUUGGCGCGACGUGAGCAGUGCAUCUUACCGAUUGGAUGUUUACAAGCCUGGGGCGGCCUAUUGCGUGCGUACUCUAUUGGCUACGGGAACCGGAAGUGCUCAACAUUGUUGCUACGAUAGUGACAGAAAGCUGAUAACACGUGGUUCCGGUGCAGGGACACCGUAUUUUGUUAGUCCAGAAAUAUCUUUGAUUCUUCAUGAGAAAAUAGACAUUUUACCUUGGCGUCUUUGUAAAGGAGAUUUUUCUAGAUUUAACAAAGUGAGGCCACCGAACAACGAAAAUGGUUGUAAUGAAAAUCCAGACAACGAGGAGUAUCAACGACAAAUAAACAGUACGAAAUAUUAUUGAAGAACUCUAGUUUUCAUUCAUGAAGAUAUGACGAAGCGAAAGUGUUAAAUUGUAAUAAAUAGUGUUUUUGUACUUGAAAUAUUAAUUAUAAUGAUACAGAA